AUCUUUCUGGUUGAAAGCUCCCAUCUUAAGGAACAACUCCUGAAAGUCCAGAUGAAAAAUGAUUUCCUAGGUAAUAUUUUCAAAGAGAAGAGAGCAAAGUUACUCUUGGAGGAGGUUGGUGAUGCUACAAAGGAAUUAGAAAACCUGCACAAAGGGCUACUCCAGAGGAAAAGCAGGUUACAGGCUUUGGUAUCACAGCAUAAAGACUUUGAUGCAUCCUUCAAGCUUCUGCAAACACAGUUAUCUGCUCUCAGAGUCAAGCUAAGUGCAGAAAAAGAACUGCUGCCAGAUCUUGUGGGUAAAGAAGCCCGGUUGCAGAGGCUACAGGUAAGUGGCAUCAAAAACCAUCCAAAAGAAUACCUUUCCAAAAUGCGUAAUCAACAGGCACAGCCAGCUAUGGAUGUGACGCAUGUCACACAAAACAAAAGCCCCCAAGCUGUCAUUUUUGGAGCAUAG